GUGGGAUUACUAUGUGAGCCAUAGUUGGAUAUUACCCACGUGGAGAAUAUCCCGGUCGGUUUGGAUAAUACGAUGGCUGGUGGAGAUGUAACGGGUGAGUUUGGAUAUUAGGCGUUCGCAGAAUAUCGGAUAUUACCCCGUCGCCUUGGAACAGCACUCUUUGGAAGUACGUGCCAUUGACGGAUUAAACGCAAGAUUUUUAACCAGAACAUAGUUAGGAGUAAUUGCAAAGCUUUUUGUCUCUUCUCAUUUGCCUUGCACGACUAUCCCAUCUCCCAUUUGGUCAUUGUGCUAACUGUGUGUCAUGCCGUGGAUGUGUAUCAGUGCUGUGGAUUCAGGAGUGAAGUCGCUCUCCACUGGAGUAAGUGUGUCAGGGCUCAUCAUCUCCAUCCUUCUUGUCACCGCACAUCAUUCUUAGAGAGGGACGCGACUGUGUGUCUCCAGCGCUUGGAUAUUUUUAUGAAGUCUUGAAGACCAGAAGACGUCAUCAUGGGAAGAUUCCCACGGAUCUAACCUCACGUUGGAUGUAUAGGUGUAGAAGGAGGCUUUUUCUGGAUUACCUGAUCUCCGGUGGAUGUAGGAAUGCAGUAGAAGAGUUUCUUGAAGUUGUACCCCACCGCUGCCAUUCUGGUGAACAUAAUGCGCUGGAAUUACAUUUUUGUCCCACAGAGACAUCGUCUUGUGUUUUUGGCGUUAGGAUUAUUCCACGAGUGGAAAGAUGUGUGCAUUUUUUUUUUUUCGGGGAAUAUGUUCCUUUUUCUAGACUCUUUUUUUUUUUUUUUUUUUUUUUUCUGAAGUCUUCUUUAGUGUACCUUGAGAUGGAUGGCCUGACGCGACCCUCUUUGGACGAAGAACCUUUUGACAUAGUGGGACUUUAUCGUCCAUUUUUUCCCCAAGCAUGGCUUUAUGCCAUCACUGUUUUCGGCUCACACAAAAUUCCUCCUAUAUUGUAUUGGGAAUAUUUAGGGUCAGUUACUGCUCUGAAAAGCGGCUCGGACAGUCGGGAGCGAGCGUAUGAUCACAGUCCGUACGGACACCACGAGCGCAGCGGCUCCUUCGAGCGGCCGCGGCACUACAACACGGAGUAUUACCGGGACCGUACGAUGUUCCCCUCCGGGGUGAGCUCCAGCCCAGCCGCCAGCACCAUCAGCAGUGGCUUCGACGCACCGGAGUCACACUUUGAGUCUCGGAUUCGUGACUCUUUCACCAUCUCCAGCUCGACUCGGCGUGACCCGUACCGUGAUGACCGGGGCCGCCGCACAGACCGGACGUACCACCAUCGGCGGAGCCGGUCCUCACACUCUUCACAGUCACGGCACCCAUCGCCCCAGAGGAGUGCGGGACAGACCCCUAAAGCUGCCCACUCACCCAAAAGAGCCCCAGUGUCGCCCGGCCGGGGCCCGCGGUCACACUCCCGCAGUCCGUCUUCAAGCUCGGACUCGGUCAGCAGCACCAGCAGCACCGGCAGCGGCAGCAGUGAUUCGAACAGCAGCUCCAGUGAAGGAUCGCGAGCGCGCUCCGUGCAGUCGACCGCCACACACGCUCCUCCGGCUCCUCAUGCGCUCGCUCUGGACUCCGACGAGCCGAGGAGGAGCUUCGGGAUCAGAGUCCAGAACCUCCCGACACGAUCCACAGAUACCAGUUUGAAAGACGGGCUCUUUCACGAGUUUAAGAAGUACGGUAAAGUGACGUCGGUGCAGAUCCACGGCGAGCUGGAGGAGCGCUACGGCCUGGUGUUCUUCAGACAGCAGGAGGACCAGGAGAAGGCCCUCGGCGUGUCCAAGGGGAAGCUGUUCUUCGGGAUGCUGAUCGAGGUCACGGCCUGGAACGGCCCCGAGACGGAGAGCGAGAACGAGUUUCGUCCCCUGGACGGACGCAUCGAUGAGUUUCACCCGAAGGCCACUCGUACGCUGUUCAUCGGAAACCUGGAGAAGACCGCCAACUACCAGCAGCUGCUCGACGUCUUCCAGCGCUUCGGGGAGAUAGUGGAUAUCGAUAUCAAGAGGGUGAAUGGUGUUCCUCAGUAUGCAUUUGUUCAGUACUCUGAUAUUGCGAGUGUUUGUAAAGCCAUUAAGAAAAUGGACGGAGAGUACCUUGGCACCAACAGACUGAAGCUUGGCUUUGGGAAGAGUAUGCCAACAGCGUGUGUGUGGUUAGACGGCCUGACCUCGAACAUCACAGAACAGUACCUCACUCGACACUUCUGUCGAUACGGGCCGGUGGUCAAGGUUGUGUUUGAUAGGUUAAAAGGAAUGGCUCUUAUUCUGUUCAACAACACUGAUUUCGCCCAAGCAGCUGUUAGAGAAACCAAAGGAUGGAAGAUAGGAGGGAACAAAAUUAAGGUUGAUUUUGCCAGUCAGGAGAGUCAGAUGGCUUUCUAUCGAUCUAUGCAGGCAUCAGGACAGGACAUCCGUGAUUUUUAUGAUAUUCCUUCAGAUCGGAGGGAAGACCGAAGAACUUCUUAUGACUUUUCAGCGGAGCGGGCGUAUUAUGAGAACGUAAGGACUCCUGGCAUUUACGCUGAAGACCCCCGUCGAGAUUACCCCACUCGCAGUCGUGAACGCUAUGCAGAGUUAGAUCAUUAUCAAGGAGAACAUUACGAUCCCCGUUAUCAUGAGGACCCACGGGAAUACAGAGACUAUCGAGACCCUUUUGAGGACAUCAGGAAAUACAGCUAUAUCCAGCGGGAACGGGAGCGGGAGCGCUUUGAGGCGGAGCGAGGCCGAUGGAGCCCGUCUCAUCAGCGGCGUCCCCUGACUCCCUCUGCUUCACCCUCACCGUCAGAUCGCGUGUCACGAGACGCUGAACGACGUGUGUACAGGCACUCCUCAGAAAGAUCAGGAAGCUGCAGCUCGCUGUCUCCAACCCCGGCUCAUUUGGAGAAGUCUGAGAAAUUGGGAGUAGAUUACAAAUCAGAAGGACUGGAGAGAGAAAUGGAGCAGGCUGAGGCAGAGCGACUAAGUGGGGCAGAGAACAAGAAACGCAGCAGACGCAAGGAGAAGGCCGACAGAGAGAAAGCAAAGCAAAGGAGAGGCAAAGUGCAGUCUCCCGGUGUACCUCUUUCUGAAGCGGAUAGAGAGGCGAUUCUCGAUUUGGGAUCUGGCAAGGUUAAGGUUUCAGAUGUGGAGAGUCAAGAACGACAGAAGCAUAAAGGGGACAAAGAGCCUUCGCCUACUGACCACGUAGCUCGCCUUGAGUCUCAAAAGGGAGAGCGGCUCGAUCAGUGUAAAAGCGAGUCACUAGAUAGGGAUGGCAAACGAAAGGCAAAGAAACAUUUAAAAUCUGACUCUGGUAGUGAUGGCAAAGAUUCCCUUUUAGAUUCGGACAAACUUGAAGCGAGAAAGAGGCGGUUCGGUGAUCCUGGGGGGAAAGCAAUACGACAGAAACGGGGGCGUCUGGAGGAGGAUCCAGGUUCUGGGAUUAGCCAACCUGCUGAAUUUGCUCCAAGUGCAGGAUUUGCAAAAGAGACUGAUAUUGAUGUAAAGGCAGAGAAAGAGGCUAAAACAAGAGAACACUCCAAAUCCAGGAUUGGUUCUCAUUAUAGUCAAAGGGAAGAGGUGGAUGAUGCUAUGAGAGGGACAUCUCAGGGCUCAUCGGUAAGGUCAGGUGAACUGCCUGAGGUGGAUGUUUUGGACUCAAAAUCUCACCCAGGGCCAAGCAUGUCUAGACGACUUUCAACUGAUGGAACCUCGGAUAAGGACAAUAAAGUAAGGGAUGAAUAUCUAGAAAAUAUUGACCUUUCUCAGAGUUACCGCAAACAGAUGGAGCAGAAACGAAGGCUACGACAGCAGCUGCAGCCGUUGGAUAUACCAGGAAAGUCAGAACCUCCUCAAGGUGUAGAUGCAGAAGAUCUUGAGCAUCGAAGCCUGGUGCAUGAGGUUGGCAAGCCUCCACAGGACGUCACUGAUAAUUCACCUCCAAGUAAGAUAAAGAAACAAGAGUCCUUUGAGAUGGAUAUGAAUGCUAAGAGAGAAAGGAUUUACAGAACAGUUCGGCAAAAGAGUGAAGACCUUGAGUGGAAUAACACAAACUCUCCAAGGUUUCAGCAUGCUCCCCAACAAAGAGAGGAAGAAUAUGCAGACCCUCAUGAUCAAAUGACUAUGAGAGUAGUAAAAGAACCAUUGAAGCCUGAGGAUAAUAUUCUGUCAGAUCAGGAGCUUGGGGGUAAAAGGAUGCACACCUCACAGAUGUCAAAGAUGAGUACAUGUCUACAAGACGACCAGCAAAGAUGCUGGGAGAGUCGACUAAAGCAAGACUUGUUACCAGACUUUUCAAGAAUCGCUGAAAAAAGGCGGCUCCAUCGUAAGUACUUGGAUUACGGACUUUGGCCGGAUUUGGAACCUGGUGAAGUGCGCUCUGACUCUGAAGAAGAUCGUGAAAAUAAGUCUAACUCUCCUGCUCCAUCAACGUCAGUAUCCUUUUCUGAAAGACAUCGUCCAAACAGAUUAUCAGAGUCCAAGCUGAUGGCCUCUCUAGAGAGAAACAAAUUCUGUUCGUUUGCAGAUGAUCAGACGAUCACUCCAGAUACUAAAGCUUUGUUGGAGCGUGCAAAGUCUUUGUCCUCGACAAGGGAAGACAACUGGUCUUUCCUUGAUUAUGAUCAACAUUUCCCCAGUUUCAGUAGUAGAAAGGACACAGAGAAGGUGGAGUCCACACCACGACCAACUCCCUCAUGGUACAUGAAGAAGAAAAAAAUUCGAAGCGAGUCUGAUGACAAAAUUGAUGACAGGAAAGAAGAUCCAAAGCCAGAAGAACAGGAGAGACGAGAGUUGUUUGCGUCACGUUUUUUGCACAGUUCUAUUUUUGAGCAGGAUUCAAGGCGUCUUCAGCAUCUAGAACGAAAGCAUGAGGACCCUGAACAUGGUGUUGGAUAUCUGUACUCUCAGCAAGGCCCAGGAGAAGGGCAGCCUGACCCAGAACCAGUUGUGCUUUUCCAUAGCCGCUUUUUAGAACUAACAAGGUUGCAGCAACAGAAGAAUAAAGAACAAAGCCAUCAAGAUUCCAAGCAAGAUGAAAGCAUAGAUGCAACCAAAGUAAGUAAAACACCGGAGGAAGAACAAGCACCACAGCAGCAAAAUGCUACUGAACAUAGUAUUAAACAAGCUGAGAUCAAAUCAGUUAGUCCUGUUCAGGUUCCUCAGACUAGUCCUGUUCAAGCUCCUCAAAUAUCACCCCCUGUUUCAGCAGCCGAAGAAUCCUUACCAACAGUGGAAGCAGAAAUUGAUGAUUCUGUAACCCGGAAUUUGCUUGAUUCUAAUAUGAAGGCAAAAGAUAAAGAGCAUGAACAGCCCACAGUUUAUCCAUUACAGCCUUUGCUUGAGCAACUCUCCGAACCCAAUUCUUCAGAAAUCCAAGAGUCAAAGAUCUUGACUCUGAAGGCUGAUGACUCUGAAAGUGCUCAUGACACCAGUAAAGUAGUUGCAGAACAGCUCCCAAGCAACGAAACGCCAAACAAUAAUGUACAGCCAGAGGCUGAGCCUCCAGUGAUGUUUCCCGAAUCACCAAGUCCCCUCUCGCAUAUCCCUGCUGAGCAACAUGAAAAAGAACCUGAGCCACCUGUUGCAGCUGAGGCUAUAUCUAUUAAUGCAGACGAUCAGGAAUGUGCUGAUAAUUAUACAGUUGAAGAAGUUGUGUCAUCCCCUCCAAAGUCAAGAAAUAAAAGGGCUAAAUCCUCGCCUACCACACCAGUAACUACAACUUUCCCUGUUACCCCAGACAAGCAAAGCACCCGCAAAAGUGAGCGCAUUGACAAAGAGAAGCUCAAACGUUCAUCUUCUCCAAGAGGAGAAGCAUUUAAGACGACACCUGAUUCAAAGUCAUUAAGUAAGUCACCUGUGCACAGCAUAGAAAUGGAACAAGGUGCAGAGCAGAGUUCACAGUCAGGUAGGGCAAGACGUAGAAAUGUGCGUUCUGUCUAUGCUACACCAAUUGAAGAUGAAACUGGUCUGCAGCCCGGAAAAGAUGCUGAAUCACCACGUGGUGGACGGAAGCGUGGUGUAGACCGAGAUUUAGGUUCUGAAGUAGAGGCUGUUGCUGCACCACCAACCUUGAGACGGGGACGCCCCCCUAAGAAUCGACGCCAAGCAGAGGAUGUACCAGCGGUCAAAGUUGAACGGUCAAAAUCAACUGACUCUAAGGAAUUGGGUGGCAGUGAAACGAGUAGUGAGGGGGUUCCCAAAGUAGGUAAAGGCAAAUUCUCAUCCCCCACACAGAAAGGAGUCAGUCCAGGAAAUGCAUCAGCAUCUGGAAUUGGAAAGAAAGGAGACAAAAUGGAGAAAAUUUCUGAAAGUACCAAACUCAUAAAUGAAGAAAACCCUCCCAUUCUUAAAAACCUUAGAAUCCGUCUCGAUGUGACCGAAGUAAAGGCAAUGCUUCAGACUAGUGAAGAAGAACCUGGAAUUGAUGGAUCUCCCAAGAAUAGCUCACCUGGUGUGUCCUCAAAGGAUGAGGUACUAGAAGUUAAAUUUGAAAAUGAUGCUAUUGAUGAUGUUAGUUGUGAAAGGGAGACUUUGCCUGCUGUAACAAAUGCCAUUGAGCCCCAUGUAGCUUCACUGACUCGAGAGUUGGAGCUUGAGCAAGCUGUUGAGAAUAUUGCCAAGCUCACAGAAGAUGCUCCUUCUCUUCCAUUUAAAAGUAACCUGACAAAGGCACAACGUUUGGCAGCUGAAAAGCCAGAGCAUGUCUCAGAAGAAGAAAAGCCUGCAAAUCCAUCUAGUGAAACAGAGCUUGCUGCUGCUAUAGAUUCCAUUAAAUCAGAGGACAUGGAUCAAAUCAUGAACUCUGUUGUAGAGUCCGGUCCUGAUAUACAGACUCUUGGUCCCGGUUCAAAAGAAUCUGAAACCUGUGUUAGCACAGCAGUUGUUCAGGAGGAGACCGUAACCACUCCCAGAAAAGGGUGUAAAGGCAGAUCAAAAACUUCAAGGAAGGGCAAAGGCCAAAAGGCUGCUGGAAGCAAAAAGGAACCCAUUAAAGAUGUAGUUUUGAAAGCUCAAAAUAUCCCUGUGAAGUCAAUGGAGUCAGUACCUGCAGAACUUCCUGCAGUCACAGAAAGAUCACCAGCAAGUUCAGCUGUUGUCAUUACUUCCUCUUCCAAGCAGCGUGUAAGUUUAAUGGAUCCUAAUGCAGAUAUUCCAAACGAACCUGUGUCGCCUCUUAAAACUGAGAUGGAUAUCUCAAAAUCCUCUCCAGCUAUUAGCAGAAGCCCAACGUCAUCAAAAUGCCAGCCUUCUUCUUACAAGAAUACAUGUCCAUCACUAUCUCCAACGAGAACUUGUCUCAAGAACUUGUCCUCAUACCCAAGCAGGAUUUCUGUUUCCCCAACGGAGUGUUUCAAUCAGCCGAAAGAAGCUGGGCUCCACUCUCCUCCGCUGACCUCUGUAGCCCCGAUGGAGACCCCUACAUUACCCUCAGACACCCCUGCUCAAGAUGCCAAUUCGGGGGAUUUGCGUAAAAUCCUCACAAAGCCUAGAACUGUCCCAGUCUUGGAAAUCGGUGCUACAUCCGGGAAAAUACACGCUCAUCCUUUAAGGGAAAGUGACAUUACAUCAGCUGUGGUAACCAGCAAGAGUGCUCCUCAAGAUAACAGGCAACUCCCUUUUUCAGCCCAACCUGUAGUUCGACAGCCUGCGUCUAUACCAUCUCCAGAAACAAAACAGAUCUUCAGUGAGAAGUCAGUGAUUUCUGUUAUUGCUUCCACUCCUACCUCCGUUAUCAGUCGCGUUUGCAAUCCCCCUGAUGCAGAGGAGAAGUCAAAUGCUCAGAUUGGAAAUCCCUUCCUUGACAAACAACCUCCAAAACAGAUUUACCAGCCUAGCUUGGAGGAAAGCAGUACGUACCAUGGUCCAGCAGUUGGUGAGGAAGGUGGAAAUGCUGGUCGCUAUAUAGUGGAGAGCACAUCUUUGAGUACAGGUUCUAGCACAGGACUUAGAGUUCAGACGUCAGAAGGUGUUGUGGUGCUGAGUCAUUCUGGCCAGAAAAUGGAGGGACCACUGCGUAUAAGUGCCAAAAUCAGCCAGAUCCCACCUGCCAGUGCUGUGGACAUAGAGUCACAGCAGCUGGUGUCAGUGCCACAGAUCAAGCAGGAACUUUACAGUGCCUCCCAGCCACCAUCUUCAAAAUGCCCACUUCCUUCAGAUCAUGGAAAUUCAAUAAAAUCACAACCAAAUGUUGCCACAAUUAAGCAAGAAUCUGCACUGGACAAAUUAGAAUCCGCUUACACUCCGGUUCAAAGUGGAGUUGUUAAAAUAUUGCAACAAACGCCUGGCCCAUCACAGGUCAUGAGUUAUGUGGAGAAACCUGCUUGGGUUCCAACUAUUAGUCCUGCUAUAAGUCCACACCUUCCUUCAGCAGCAGGCAAUCAUGUUGGCUUCAUAGCUGGAACACCAACAGACCGAACAUCACUCAUUCAACCUAAGCAGGAGCCGCGAUCUCCACGGAAAUCUGGACACCCUCAUUCUCCUUUUGCCAAAGUGUCAUCUCCUAUAGGCUCCUCGUCUCCGAAAGCUGUGUCUGUGGUCCUUCCCCCUGGAUUAAACCCUCUGUCCCAGUAUGUUUCCACCGUCCACCACUCGGAGCAGUCUGUGAUCAUGCCUCCACACAACCCUCACGGUAGCAUUGGAAGGAUGUCACCGCACCGCGUCGGUGCAAUAGGACACCUCACCCAGGGGGAGGUACGAGUGAACACUCCUCCUCUCUCUAUGAUGAACUAUGGGAUUCACUCUGAGAGCCUCACUUCCUCUUGGGCCCCUGGCCAGCAGCGACCCACGUCUCCUCAGACCAUGGGGAACAGGGAGAUGGUCCUCAAGGUGAACCCAGCCAAUGCAAGAUCACCGGCUGCUCAACUCAAACAAGACUCCAUACCAGCAGAAUAUCGUGGAGCUCUCCACAGUGGUUUACCUCUUGAUCGAUUCAACAGAGACAUGCGAGUGCUCAUGCACCACCAGCAGAGCGAUCGACCCACUGCAGAGUUACACCAGGGGCACGUCCCCGAAAACAUACCGCCCUCCUCGACUGCUACUAGCAUGGCGGCGUCUCUUUCUCCUCGGCCACACUUGUUAGCAAAGGCAAUAUCUGAGAGGGACUCCUCGAAAGCAUCUGAACUAAGGAGGGCACAGUCACCUUCCAGUAAGGAGGGAAUGAUGGCGAUCCGUAGUGCAAUGCCUCCCAUGGCUUCUCCUCAAAGAGUUCAGCUGAUAACAGCAGGAACUGGGGCUUCCUUCCCUGAAUAUUCAACCAUGUAUACAAACCUCCGGCCUGCUCAUACACAGUUUGCUGAGAAUUCUCCAAUGGGGAUUAACCAGUCUGCCCACAGCAUCCCACCAUCACAGGGUGUUCAAGAGCCGGAGUCAAGUCAGGAACAAGCCGAGUCUAAAGUGGAGUUGGUUGGACACCAGCCUGUCAACAUGGUGCAGCUUUUGACGAAAUAUCCCAUUGUGUGGCAAGGCCUGCUGGCGCUGAAGAACGACACGGCUGCGGUUCAGCUGCACUUCUUGUGUGGAAACAAGGCUCUGGGCCUGCGCUCUCUUCCUCUGCCGGAGACUGGAGGAAUCCUGCGCAUCGUUCAGAGGAUGAGGCUGGAGGCACAGCAGCUGGAGGGAGUCGCUCGCAGGAUGACCGGAGAAAGUGAUUUCUGUCUGCUGCUGGCCAUGCCGUGUGGUCUGGACCAGGAGGACGUGUUGAACCAGACGCAGGCGCUCAAAUCUGCCUUCAUCCAUUACCUGCAGGCCAAGCUAGCGGCCGGCAUCAUCAACGUGCCCAACCCCGGCUCCAACCAGCCUGCGUACGUGCUGCAGAUCUUCCCUCCGUGUGAGUUCAGUGAGAGUCACCUGUCUCGUCUCGCUCCAGAUCUCCUGAGCCAGAUCUCCAGCAUCUCUCCACACCUGAUGAUCGUCAUCACCUCCGUCUGAUGCACUCACACUCCCUAUGCUUCUACACUCACCUCAUCUGCUUGUAUUUAUUGAUCCAUUUCAUUUUUGCUCAAGGAAACGCUUCAUUGGACAAAAAACAUGUCUUGAGGGACGUGACAUUUUCUUCAUUUGCUGAUUUUUGAGUCUAUUUUUUGAUGAACAAAUGUGAAGAUAAUGUGUUUUUAACGAGUGUUGUGUCGCUCCGAUGGACCGGCAGCAGAUGAACAGGAUCAUGGAGGUUCUGGUUUGCAGAGCUGUAAAUAUUUUAAAUAUUUAAACAUUGGCCAGACGACCCAAACCCAACAGAGCCGGCCGUUCCCUUCAGCUGAAAUCAAACUGUGUUUGUGAUGUAAAUACUCUCUUUGCUGGGUUUGUUGCGGGCACUUCAAGUUUUCUUA